CCCCCAAACCCUAACCCUAAUACUCAUGAAGAGCAACACGAACGCCAAAGCCUAUGAAAUGAGUCCUCCAAAGCCAACCGCACUGAGCAUGAGCGAGGACUCCCGCUCGAUAUCGAAGCCGAACCCAAAGAUACGAAUAGUUCACAUAAUUGAGCCGGAGAUCAUCAAGACCGAUGCGGCAAGUUUCAAGGAGCUCGUUCAGAGGCUCACUGGAAUACCGACAAAGGGAGGAGCACUGAAGAACAAGGCAAGACAAAUGAUUAAAAAGGAAUGGGAAGAGGAGGAGGAGGAGGAGGAGAGAGCAGAGUGGAGGCUUGAUGAGAGUUUGGGUGGCAGCGAUAAUAAUAAUUAUAUGGGUGGAUUAGGGGACGUGGAUGGCUUCUUUCAAGGCUUUGAUGAUUUUCCCUCGAUGCUUUACUUGAGUUCUUCAUCUCGUACGGAUCAUGUGAUUGGAGGGGCACAAGUUAUGUGAGAGGUGAAUUAAGGUUUGGAAUUCUUUGAUUAAUUGGGUUAGUAUUCUGUUUAGGGCUAGU